AUGAAUUUUAAGCAGCAAUUAAAAGAUGAACCAAACCUUCCUGAUCUCUCAUUACCUGAAAGUAUUCAUGAACGAAUCUGUAAUGUCACAACUCUGAAGAAGUCAAGACUGCGAAUGUUAAAAGUAAUCACUAUCCUUCUAGUAACUUUCAUCUGCUGUAGGACACCCUAUGUGGUCAUUGAACUGUGGCACCUUUUCUAUCCGAACUCUGCUGAAGUUACAUAUUCGAGAGUUCGGACAUAUGUCAGGAUUUUUGUUGCAUCAAACUCUUGUAUCAAUCCAUUGGUGUACGGAAUUUUUUUAUUUGGACCACAAGUUUUAUUUACAAAGCUGUUACCGUGUAUUCGAACUCGAGAGCACACAGAAGCUACCUUUAUUACUCGCUCAACUCAAAUGGAUGACAGCGGAAUGUCACCCAGGAAUUCACACCAAGAAUGCGAAGAAAUUGAACUUAGAGAGGCUGCACCCGUAAAGCGAUAUCGGAACAGAGAAUUGCCAAAUAUGAGUCAUUCCAGAAGUCGAACCUAUUCGGAAUAUGAUUAA